CACACAUUUCCGUAUUCCGCACCUGCAACGACUCCUGUACACCGCUUCGGAUUUGAAUACCGUGCUCCGUGCUCCGGCAGGCAAGCAGUCCAAUCCUCGUGUUCGGAUCGAACGUGGACGUACGUAAAUGCCACGGACAGAGUGAAAAAAGUGGAAGGAGAAGGGAAGGAGCGACGACUGACGACAAGUGGCCUGUCAAGUGCAGCAGGAGCAGACACUGAUACGCAAUAGGAGGUCUCGUUGCCGCUGCCGUUCCGCUGCUUGUCCUUUCCCCCCUUUCGCUGCGCCGCGGCCUCGCGGCGUCUUGGCCUGCUGGCCUCCUGGCCUUUCGGCAUCUUUGCAUCCGCGUGAGAACCACUAGCGACGACAGCAGAAGCAACAGCGCCAGAGCACUUGCAGCCGCGGUGGCGACCGCACGGCGGCUUUACAGCUGCGUUUCCUAGGAAAUCUAGUCAACAGCGAAGGAUUCAGAGCAUCAGCAGUACCGGAUACAGCUACGGCAACUGUUUAUUCGAGGACUUCGAAUGGCAUUUGGUUGUUUUGCUAGCUUGUUGCUUCGUUGCAUACCACAAAAACCAGAAAAAAGAUGAACAAUGAACAAACGCCGUCAUCAACGGACAUAUCGGCGGAGCGUUUGGGAUCUGGAGCAGCUAAUAAGCUGCCCACGAUCAUACCGGACACCCCCAUCGUCUCGAUUGCCGCUGGAACGAUGAGCGAGAGUACUACUACCACCACCGCCACGAAGACAACGCCAACACCGUUCUCACAGGAUCAGCUCAAGACCAUGAUGUCGUCUCAUCAUGGGGCCAAGCCUGAGAACGAGGCGGACGUGGAACAGGACAGGGACAAGGAAAUUGAGAACCUAAAGAAGAAGGAGACAGUGUCUAACGACAGGCAGGAGGCGACCAAACUAGCCAAGUCGACAGCAGACGAGGGUCAGGGAGCCUUAACAGCAGCUGCCCCUUCAGCUACAAAUCAUAUUGUCGGCCGGGAUCCCAAGAAGUCCUCCUCUCCUAGUAAUAGCCAUAGUACUAACCACGCCGCCAAUGAUGCGGCAUCGGAAGUUGAGGCCGGAGCCGAAGAAUCAGCCUUCUCUCAGGUCUUAAGGUCGGAACUGUCGCGGCCAAAGUACGGGGACACUGCCAAGGGCAAAACCCAGGACGAUCAGAAUGUGGGCAAACGACAGAAGAAGAAAAAGACAAAGUACGAUACUUGGGAAGAUAGCGAUUUUAAUGAUCUCGACGACGCAUCAUUGAAGAAACUUCUCGAGGAGGCCUAUUGGUAUCGGAAUCCUGGCGACAGGAAAAACAAGAGCGAGCGUUUUCUGCAAAUGCUAAAAAAGGCUGAGUACGACGAGGAGAUCUCUUAUCGUGCCAUCAAAACCUGCAUCACACUCAAUCCAGCCGGUCUCUGCGGCGGCGGCGGAGGUAGCAGCAGCAGUAGUGCGGGGCACCACCACGGCAAUCACCGCUCUUCCGAUACCGCCCAGCGGCACAAGCAGGGGGGAUCCCUGCAGGAUCUCGUCGAGGCAGCCCACCGCAGCGAGCUAGCCACCACCUCGGCGGCGGCAGCAGCAGCAGCGGCGGCGGCAACGGCAGCAACACAACGUUUCAACUGUGAUUACCAGCUAAGUGGCCGCUCCAAUCGCCGCCAACAGCAGCAGCAGCACAACCAAAACGCCACCUCCUCCUUCUCCACCGUCUCCAAGAAGAUCAAGAACCCAACUGUCUCGGGGCGUCAGCGGGAAGGAGGCAGCCUGCCCAGUAGCGUUAACUUUGAGCCGACUGCAAUGGAUGCCAAGCAGCAUAAGCAGCAGGCUCAGCUGUUGGAGGCGGUAGGUGCGUCCGGAUCAUCCGGUUCAUCGGUAGCUAGCACCAAGCACCAUCAUCGCAGUAGCACUGGCAGCUGCAGCAGCCUGCCCAGCCAUUUGGGCGAGCGCGAUCCGGAGGCGGGCAUUCAGUUUGACAUGGACGAGGAUGAGACGGGCACCGGCACUGGCACUGCCACGAGCGUCCGUUGUAGAGGCGUCCCAAACGACUACCUCUUGGAGAAUGCACAGCCUGCCAAUCCCUCGAUGAAGAGUUUGCUUGACAGCCUUUCUGUGGCCAAAGUAACCGGUGGCGGUGCCAGAGAGUUCCUAAUCGACGACCCGCUGCACUUCUCCGUCCUGGAAGAGGCCAGGAGGAAGCUGCAGCUGCAGGCCCAAUACCUUGCCGCCAUUAUCGGACCAUUUGAUAUCGGUCUCGAGGAGCAGAUGCGCAAGGUGGAGGCCGGUUAUGUUUCGCUAAAUGACAAUUAUACGGCCUGCUCAUCAGUUUACGGCGGCGGUGCUGGCUCGCCAGCUGCCAUGGAGGCCGGUAAGGCCUCUACUUCGGGCUCAACCUCGGCCCUUUCCGGGGGCAGCAACUCGGCCGGAUCGGAGGCGCUUUCUGGAGAUUUGCGUCCGGCUAAGAUCGGUCGUAUGGUUACCGCCACGGCCACAGCGGCAACGGCGUCUACUGUAGGUGGCAAGGCCACGACGCGCCAGCUGGACGAGAACGGUAACGCCCUGGGCGAUAGCUAUGGGGGCAACGGAGCCACCAGCAGCAGCAGCAGCAGCAGCAGUAAUGGGAACAAUGGCAACCAGUUCACAGCCUUGAUUACCACCACAAUGGGCGGCAGCGCAACCACUUCUUCUACGGCAGCCCAUCGCCAGACUAGUGUGUCUACGCUGCAUUCCACUGGCACGACUACCACGGCCAUGGCAGUGGCCGCUGUGUCGGCGUCCAUCAACAGCCAGCUGCAGCAGGCACCUGUCGGAAUAUCGGCGGGAGCUGGAAUGGGCAUAGGAUCCGGAAUUGGAGUGCCCCAGCAGCAGCAACAACAGCAGCCCACCAAGCUGAAGGCAAAGAAAAAGUCACAGCAAGAGCGCAACACCACCACAUGGACCGUGGAUGUGGCAGUGGCCGGGUAUCGCGGCAAGGAUCCGGUCGAGCAGCUGGUCAAGUAUAUUGAAAACGAUGGCGGCAACAAUGCUGGCGGCGGUAGCAAUGCGGCCGGUCAGCGCAAAAAGGAGCGCAAGAAGCAGAACAAGCUGAAGAAGAGUAACUCGCUGGAGGAGUUGCGCAGCUGUUCCAAAAUGGAGGUGGACGAUCUGAAACGUCAGUCGGCCACCACAGAGAUGAUGCGCCAGAAGAAAAAUGGCUCAAACCACGUGGCCUCGGCCUCCUCGUCGUCCUCUACCUCUGCCUCUGCUUCGGCUUCCUCUUCUUCCGGCAGUGGCAAGCACAAGUCGGCCUCAGUGGCGGACAUUAAUAAGAACUGCAACAAGGAUCAGCAACAGUCGACAGCCGCAGCGACAGCGGCUGUGCAAGUGCGAAUUAGUAACAGUUCUGGAGGAUCGCAGCAGCAGCAGCAACGCAAAGGCGAACGCCGUUCGUGGGGCACCGAGGAGCUGCAGUAUCUGGGAGAUCAUCAGGAGGAGAUGGCCGCCGCCUGGUCAGAGCCGGAGAAUCUUGGUCAAAAGAUGGCACUGACCCUGCCCGCCUUGGCGCGCAUGUCCGAGCUGGACGCGCUCAAUACGGUGCUGUCCGAGACCGCCGAGUUCCAUGUGGUGACCAAGAAGAAGAAACCAAAGAAGCAGCGCGCCGUCACCAUGGAUGAUGCAGCGGUGGCGGCGGCCGCAAAUGCAGGCGGCAAUUUGCAGCGCAUGCAGCAAAUCACAAAGUCGGCCUCGUCCAACAUGAUGUCACAGCGGAUGCACUAUUACACACCGUACAACAACAAUAACAAUGGAAAUGGAGGCACUAGCGGCACCUACAAGCCGCAACAGCAGGCGUCACAGGCACAGUCACAGUACCAGGAGCAGCACUACCAGCCCCAGCAGCAGCACCACCAUCACCACCACCAUCAUCACCACCACCAUCAUCAUCAUGGGAGCGGAUCGGCGGUGGCCAAUCAGGUGGAUAGCUCGCGGCGCAAGUCCACGUCGUCGAUGCCGCCAUCGGAAAAGUCAGACUCUAGUGAUCUCGACUCCGUUCACUCGCUGCCCAUUCAGACGGGCAAGAAGAAGAGCCUCGGCGGCGGAGGUGGCAACAACAAGCAGCGCGCGGCGCAGGCCGCCAGUCAGCGUCAGUCCAAGCAGAACAGCAGCAGCAACAACAACUACAGCUCCCCAGCACCCAUUUCCUAUGCGGAUAUAGCCAGGAACAAACAGGAGGCAAUGAACAAUGCAAAUGCCAGCGACACGGAGCUGGACCUGGGCUUCGGAUCGGCAUUGGGCGACAAGCAGAUGCAGCACCAUUUCAAGGGUGGUAAGUCCAAGUCGCGACCCGAUUUCCCUGAGCUGCCAGGUGGCGGUGCCUCCGCCCAACAACAAGCAGUGGUGGUAACCACAGGCAACAACCACCAGAACACGGCGCCGUCCUACUCGCAAAGCCUGAAUGCCACGCCACCCAGCAACAGCAUCAGCGAUGCGGAGACCACAAACUCGCCGGAGUUGCUGCAGGUGCUGCCUAGCAGCAGCAGCAGCAACCUGACCGCCACGCCUACACUUCCGGCCGGCGGCACAGGUGCAGGCCCGGGCCAAGGCAUAGCCACAACCACGAGCAGCACGAACAGUGCAAGCAGCUCGACAACCGCUUCCGUCAUCAGCUCAUCUUCCACAACGUCCACAACAUCCUCCUCCUCCUCGCCGCCGGCUCUGAUGAAGUCGAAGAGCGUGGAGCAUGAUGCCAGUUACAGCUGCAAUAGCAGCAACCUGGACCAGCAGUAUCCGGCGCUGGAGAAGACGGUCAAGCGGCAUAGUACCAACAACGUGUCUCUGUACGCCACCUCCUCUUCGAAUUCGGCCACGCAGCUGUACAACUUUGCUGCAGCGGCCAAACAACAGCUGGCGGACAAGGCGGCCACUUCCGUCUCCACCUCCCCGCCGACAGCAGUUGGAGCAGCAGUAGCUGGAACAACUACCUCAGCCAUUGUCGCGGCCAAUGUGGCUGCAGCUACCGUCGCAACGGCAUUUUCGGGCUCAUCCUCCUCAUCGGCUGUAUCUCCUGCACCGUCCUCGGCUCAAGCUUCACCUCCUGUCGGAACAGCCAGUGGCACACCUUUGUCCGCAGUAACCGCUCCAGCCUUAGCUUUAGCCAAGUCCAAGACCAAGCCAAAGGAGCCAUCUCCCAACAGCAGCAGCAACACCAUCACCAUCAGCAAGAAACCAGCAAAGCCUAGUCAGGAGGAACCGACGCCCAAGGCAGUCACCACUACUACCACCCAGAAGAUUACGGCUGCCACACAGACCGAGGGAGCUAAGAAGCUGAUCGGCGGCCAGCACAAGGUCAGCAGCAGUUGCAUUGCCAAGGGAGCGGGAGCUGUGCUGGAAACCACUGCUGGCAGACGUGCGGUGAUCAUACUUAACGAUGAUGGAAAUGCCAGCAGGAGCAACAACGAGUUUAUCUUUGGCGACUUUAACGAAGACGAGUUAAAGCUCUUCGAUGACAACGAGGAGGAGGAGGAGCAGCAGGAGGUGGGUGUUGCCCAGCCAAAGCGAGGAAGAUCGGCCGCAAAGACCAAGGAGCAGCAAACGGAAACGGAACUGGAGGGAGAUACGGAGCACAUGGACCACGAUCUGGAUCAGCAAGAGUCGGAGGAGAAGCUGAGUCAGCAGGAGCAGGAUGUCAGCGCCAGCAGCGAUCAGCAGCUAAACGAUUCGGGAACCGCUUCAGAUGCGGUCAACAGCUCCGCCAGCCUCGAUAUGCUUUCUAUCUCCGCAGAGGCGGCACAGUCGUCGCCCAGUGCGGCAGCCACCGCCACCUCAUCGAGCGCCGCCAGUCUCAUUAAUUCGUCCACACCCUCGGCCUCAUCAUCAGCCUCGGCCAGCACCUCCAACUCAUCGUCCUCCGUCUCAAUAUCAUCCUCGUCCGGCGGCAAUGGCGGCAAUGGAAAUGGUGCCGCCUGCUUGGCAUCCAUUUCGGGAAUCCUCGGAGGCGUGGCGAAUCAGUCGGGCGAUAGCGGAAUCUAUGCCGCUGCUAAUACGUCCGUGAAGGAGCACGUCAACAAUUUCCUGAGCAAGGCCAGCAGCAGCAGUGGCGAGGAGGCACUGCCGAAUAACACCAUUGCCAUGACGCAGCUGGAGACAUGCAACGAUAUUGAGGCGGCCAUUAUAGCCGCUGCCCGGGCUGCAGCCGCCGCCCGGAGCACCAGCUGCAGCCGCAGCAACUCCCUUGAUGCUGGCCACGAGACCAGGACCAAGGCGGCGCACCAUCAUCAUACCACCAAUGUAGGUGCCAAGGUGCCGCUGCCCGUGUUUAUGGCCUACAAUAACGCCGACGAUGACGAUGCCGAUGACGAGAGCCUGCAGGAGUUGAGCUUUAUGGCAGACCUCAAGGCGGAUGGCGCCGCCCCGGAGGUGACUGUGCUGCCAUCGCAGCCGUCCUCGCGUCCAGGGGUUAUGUCCAACACGGAAUUGAUUGUCGACUAUAUAGCCAACACAUGGAAUGCCAUUGUCAAUAGCAAGUAUGUUACCUACUAUAACGAGCAGGAGCAGGAAACCUAGGCCCUUGGAGGAAGCCAAAAGGGAAGCCAGCAAAAAAUGUAAUCAGAAAUAGCAACAUCAGCAACCACAUCAAGAGCAACAGCACCGCAUCCAGGCAAGUUCCGACAGGAUCACAGGAGGGCGGCACAGAGAAAUUGCAUACACAAAUGUCCGAGUUGAUAUACUUUUAUACAUCAGAUACAGAUACCGAUACCAUGCCUACAUUAUAAAUAACUGCUAUAACAAUACGCUUUUAUGCUAAUUAAUGUAAUCUAACGAACUAUCGUUUAAUUGAGGGAUCCGCGCUAGAGAAGCUCAUGUCCAGGAGGAGGUGUGAAGGAGCAUAAGAGGUCAGAUCAGGUCAUAGAGCUGUGUAUAAAAAAAGCAGGAGAAACAAUGGAGUAACGACGAGGCAGGUAUGAACACAGAG